UUAACUCAAACAGGAGGGAACCCCAAACAGUAACCAAAGCUUGAAGGUCAAGGGGUAGUGGAAUGAAAGACUUUUGAACAAAGACAAAAUUAUCAGCUUAGUUAUUAUUAGGUUUGUAUUGGAGACACUGUGGUUUAAUAUUUUGCUGCUGGGUUAUCUUUCUGUUGCAGCGAGGAUGUCUUUGAACGACGAGGGUUAUGUGGUCCGAAUCAGAGGACUUCCCUGGUCCUGCACACAGGAGGAGGUGGCCAGUUUCUUCUCUGAUUGUGACAUCGUGGGGAAAGUAAAUGGAGUGUGUUUCACCUACUCUAAAGAAGGCCGACCCAGCGGUGAGGCAUUUAUUGAACUGAAAACAACAGAGGAUUUCAAGAAUGCUCUUGCCAAGGACCGUAAAUACAUGGGACACAGAUACAUAGAGGUGUUCAAGUCGAACCGUAGCGAGAUGGACUGGGUGCUGAAACGCAGUGGUCCUGCUGAUUAUGACAGCUGCAGUGGCUGUAUGCUGAGGUUAAGAGGACUACCCUUUGGCUGCAGUAAGGAGGAGAUUGUCCAGUUCUUUUCAGGGUUGAGAAUCGUGCCAAAUGGGAUAACUCUGCCAGUGGACUACCAGGGGAGGAGCACAGGGGAAGCCUUCGUGCAGUUUGCCUCAAAGGAGAUAGCAGAAAAGGCUCUGGGGAAACACAAGGAAAGAAUAGGGCACAGGUACAUAGAGAUCUUUAAAAGCAGUCGUAAUGAGAUCAGAGCGUACUAUGAGGUUCCCCGGCGGGGGAUGGGAGGCCAGAGACCAGGGCCAUAUGAUAGACCCAUGAUGUCCAGCCCAAGAGGAGGGUUCUUUGGCCUUGGGCCUGGCCGUGGUGGGGCUCUGGUGGAAAACAUGAGAAGUGGAGGAGGCUAUGGAGGAGGUUACAGUGGGUUUGACAACUACAAUGGUUUCAACAACUACUGUUUUGGCAAUGGGAUGUUUGAUGAACGAAUGAGAGGAGAAAGGGGCGGAAGAGGUAUGGGAGGUCAUGGUUAUGGCGGACAACCUGAUGGUGGCUCUGGUUUUCACAGUGGACAUUUUGUCCAUAUGAGGGGUUUACCUUUCCGUGCUACAGAGGGAGACAUUGCUAAAUUCUUCUCUCCUUUGAACCCAUUGCGAGUCCAUAUUGAUGUGGCACCUAACGGAAAGUCAACUGGAGAGGCAGAUGUAGAGUUUCGUUCUCAUGAAGACGCCGUUGCAGCAAUGUCCAAAGACAAAAAUCACAUGCAGCAUCGCUAUAUUGAGUUGUUCCUUAACUCAACAGCCAGUGGAGCUGCUGAAAUGAGCCGUGGUGGAGGCAGUUACUAUGGUAACUCAGGAGGUGGAGGCUCUAGAAGCAGUGGCCUGCGAGGUGCAUACUGAUGAUGUCACCCCUAUUCUUUCAAUCCAUCCUGGUGUUGGUCUUCAUCUCUUCAGGCCACAUUUAAACAACUUACAUUUCUAAGCAGAAAAGCUGACAGAAGUCACACAACACAUUUAGUACAACUACACUAUUAUGCCAAAGCAGAUAGGACCUCAGCAGCGCUAUUUUCACACCACACCUAAAAGCAUAAGAAGAACAAAACAGCUUCUCUUUCUUUAAAUCUUGGAGCUGAUUUAAGUGCUAAAUGUGUUGGAAAUUAAAUAUUUCUUUAAAUGUUUCUAAAGUUUUUUUUUUCGUGGCAAUUAGAUUCAUCAAAGUUUAUCCCAAGUCAGAAAGAGAAAUAUGCUGUUCCAGAGUACAUUUUGUGAUUAGAUUGAGAAAUUACGUAUUGAAUGGUAAUGUUUUUUUUUCUUUUUAAAUGGUUUUAUUUUUUUAACAUUAUCUUGUUGUAUUACAGGGUGUAGAACUUAAAUCUACAGAUUUGUAAGUGUGACAUUUGUUUUAUACACUACAAUUAGAUAUAUUUUAUGGCGCUGCAUGUCAGGACCUUUUUCUUGAUAAGAAUUUUUUUUGUUUUGGAAAAUAGUGUUUCAGGUUUUAAAAUGUUUCUUCAGAAAUCCAUCCUGAAAGUACAGAUUUAAAUGGAUUUCAUAUAUCAGCUUUCCUGUUUUGAAAGGUUUUACAAAUGUGAGCCAGUGUGUUGUCUUUGUUUUAUGUUUUCACAGCUCAUUACAGAAUUUAAAACUCAAGUCUAAUGUUUUCCACAUGAGUGGAAGUAAAAUAAUCUCUAUAUUUGAGCUGUAAAAUGGCAUAUGCAGCUGUUGUAAAUUUUACCUAAUAAAUUUUAUAUUUAAUUGUC